AUGGCAACCGAGGGGAGCUCCGAGGAAGUUCCGUGGAGGCGGGCUCAAAGAGACAUACAUGAUGCUAAUUUGGAAGUUGAAAAGAACUCGAAUCCUAUUACGACUCCCGGGGGAACUCCUAUUCUAAGGAGAGUUUGCAACUCUCUUUCCAACAACCGUGAAGAUGAGGAUGAAGUGGCAAAGGGUGUUAGUGGUAAUGGUGGGUCUCCUACUCAGAUUGAAAUGCCUUUGCCACCACUGGCUCCGAGCUCAAACCAAGUUUUGAAGAGGAACCGGGUUGGGUCGACUCAAGAGGGUGGGCGUUUAGAGGUUGUGCUUUCUCCAGUUUCCAUUACUAGCUGUGAUAAUGGUCGAACGACAGUGACUGAACAUGAGGAUUUUAGGCGCUUUGUUCAAAGUUCUUGGGCAGCCCCAAUCCGUGGUUCCCCUCUCUUUGUGGUGACUAGUAAAUUGAAGCGCUUAAAAGGUCCAAUUCGGGAGUGGGCAAGGGGGUUUUUCCCACACAUUGAUCAGGAGGCAAGAAAGGAUUAUGACAAAGCGGUACUGCUUCAAGAGAAGCUGUGGAGUGAGAAGGCUAGGGAUAAGUGGGUAAAAAGAACGAGAAACCUCAUUCGAGAAAUCAAAAAGGAAGAUAGAUCAGUGUUGACAGAUCCUAGCGCAAUUGGCAAUCACUUUGAGAAUAUUUUUAAAAGAGGAGUGUCCAUCAAGAAUGCUGAUUUGAUUUUGGUAAUCCCACCCCUGGUUAUGGAUGUUGAUAAUGCAAUGCUAGCAAAGAUUCCAUCUCAAGAGGAGAUAAGAGCUGCCGUCUUUGAUUUGGAUCCUACUAGUGCGCCAGACCCUGAUGGGUUCCUAGGCGCAUUUUUCAGAGUUUGUUGGGAUAUAGUAGGCAUCGAUGUUUGUCGAGGAAUUCAGAAUUUUUUCCGAGAAGGGGUAGUUACAAAGGGGAUUAACUGCGCUUUCUUAAGUCUAGUUCCAAAGAUUGAGAAUGCUAAUAAGGUGGGUCAGUUCCGACCAAUUUGUUUGGGAAACUUUGUGUUCAAGUUGAUCCCUAAAAUUAUGGCAACCCAUUUGUCAUCCAUUCUGCAUAAAUUGAUAUCGGCGGAACAAGAAGUUUCUCAGAAGGGCAAGAUGAUCUUUGAGAAUAUUGGGGUUGCCUCAGAGUUAACUGGCCUGAUGGCUACAAAAUGCAGAGGUGGAGGUCUUGGUAUGAAACUGAACACUCAAAAAACAUUUGAUACCCUUGAGUGGGGAUAUCUGUUUGAUGUUCUCAAAGCUUUCGGUUUCUCUAAUUUGUGGAUUUCUUGGGUGCAUCAGAUUCUUCUCACAACAAGGAUCUCAGUUUUGAUAAACGGCGGUCCAGUUGGUUUCCUUGGGGUUGAAAGGGAGUUAAGGCAGGGUGACCUACUUUCACCUCUCUUAUUUAUUCUGUCAGAAGAAGUCCUAUGCAGAGGCCUUAGUGCAUUGCGCAAUUCGGAUAUUAGGAGUGUGAAGCGGAUCAAAUAUUUCUUAGAGGCUUAUGGAGGUUACUCAGGUCAAAUACCUUUUUGCACGUUCCCAACGAGGUAUUUGGGGCUAGAGCUGAUGAAAGGGAGAGUGAAAUCUGAAGCUAUUUUGCCUCUGGUUGAUCAAUUCAAGAAACGACUUUCUACUGGGAAGGGUCUCCUGUCUAUGGCUAGGCGGGUUGAGUUGGUAAGAUCUGUGAUGAGUAGCGUACCCAUUCACAAUUUUUCAGUUUACCUCUGGCUUGCUUCAACUAUUGGGACCAUGGAGAGAUGGAUUCAAAAUUUUAUUUGGUCAGUGUGGGAUAUAGUUCAAUCGGCAGAGCGCUGGGCAGUAAGGGAUGGAGCUACAAUUCGGUUCUGGUAUGACAAAUGGAUAGGAGAUCAGUGCAUUGAAGAUAUUUUACAACCCUUCCAGAUUCCUCGCAAUCUCACUGCUAUAGUUUCUGAUUUUUUGGAGGGGGAGAGUUGGGUGUUUCCUCAAGUCACGAAUCCUGCCCUUCAUGAAGUGCUUUCAAAUAUACAGGAUAUGGGUAUCGCUGUCUCUGGAGUGGCAGAUACUCGGUUUUGGGCACACACAAAGUCAGGGCUAUUUUCGGUGCAGUCUGCUUAG